AUGAUGUUUUUUGAAGAUGGUAGAUAUUGGUUUACCUGCAAGCUAGGUAAGGUCGGCAGCUACGCCGAGUACCCACUCAAAAGUCGGGUCGGGCGGGUAUCUUUGGAAACUAGGCGAGGUGGCGGAAGAGAUCCCGCUACUGUGGUCCUUGCAGGCCCUGUUCGAGAGGGGAAGUCAACCGAAAGAAAAUCCCUGCUUCCCAGACUCCAUCUGGCACACCGUUAG